GACAGGGAAAUGUAGAAAUCUUCAGGAUGAAAAUAGACAAGACACUGACAUAGGAGGGGUGAAAAAAUAUCAUGCUAUUUUAGUCCAAAAUGUUGAGAAAGAAUUGUCCCCAACGACAGUUUUGAAGUUCAUCCACCAGCAAACCUCACUCGCUCCUCAAGUAUAUAUUCUUCCAAGUUUAAAAUGGGAAUCAUUCACAAAGGCUGCUAUUGUUUUGGAUUGUGAAAAAGAUCUGGAGCAGUUGUAUGAUUUUUUACAAAAUCCUAAUCACAUCAUUAUCUCCUCAACUGGAAAGCCAUGGGUGGUAGCUGAAAAAAUGUCAGGAAUUGAUGUUGGGCUCUCGAAGCUUAAUUCGUUAAAUAAAUUACUUGACACAAGUGGCAGGAUUUGUGAAGAAUUGAAGGUUGUUUGUUGUGGGACAGAAGAAUUCAGGAGGGUUGCAGAGCUUCGAGAUCUAUUCAUAGAGUUUGCUUGCUAUCAGCAGAAACUUCAUCAGAAGCUUCACUUGGAAGAGAGAAAUAUCUUGCACCCAUUUUAAGCAAGUCUCAAUACAACACGUGCAAUAUCAGUCCGGUCCCUAGGUUGUAUUGUGCAUGUUCAACAUGUCUGUAAGCAGCUACCGUCUCAUACCACGUUCACAAGCUGUAUAGAUGCAAUUGCUGUUAAAAUUUCUGCUUUUUGGCCAUUUCAAGUACAGUUUUGGCAAAGGAAAGGUACAGUAUAGUCGGAGCAAUCAAGAAAAUCUCCAGUCAUUAUGCUAGAAGUCGAAUCAAGACUGGUACAUAUCUUUACUAUUUUGUUCAGAGAAAGAUAUCUUGAUCUUGAAUGUACAGUUGAUGCUGCUAUGGAUAGAAAACUUUUCUAGUGUUGGAGAUUGAUCCGGAUGUAUCAUUUGUUAAGGUUGUAGAAAACGCUUGGCAGUGGUGAGUGUUUGCUCAGCCUAGAGCUUAGGGUGCCCAGGCUGCCUAGGCCUUCCUUUUUUUUUCUCUUUUUUUUUGAGGUUAAUAAAAUACAUAAAAUUAU